AUGAACGAUCCUUUAGUCAUUAUCUCAGGAGGGAAGACGACGAUGCCGGGUGGUUAUUCGACCAAAGACCCACCCUCCAUCUGUCUUCAAGACCCGUCACCACCGGCGUCUGUUGAACAAAAACGAACUCGUCCACGUGAAAAUAAUACAGUUGCGGUGGUUAUACCUGCAGGACAGCCUCCCAAGCCACGCACACAUAGAUCGGCCAAACGCCGAUAUCGCGCGCAUCCUAGGACGUCGACGUAUCGAACAGCUUCGUGGGAUGAAAGCGAUGUAUCCGACGACUCGGAUGAUGAGGAUUACCUUGACCUAACACAGGACGACCCAGACCGUCCCACGAAACGACGAAAGCAGCUGCCCGUCACGAAAAGUGUUCAGUUGAAACCAGAAAUCAGGUCCAAAUUAGCAAGGCUGUCACUUCCAGACUUGAGUACUGUUUCGCGAGGAUUAUUCAGCUGGGACAUCUAUCCGUCAGAGAUUCUGUAUUCCUUCUCGUGGACGGAAGAAAGAGAGAACUCGGAUCAUUCUCAACGGGAAGCUGACCACAAGCUUGACCAAGAUCACGAUCAAAAUGAGAUGAAUAGCACACGGGAAUGGAAAUCUCACAAGUCCUUAGAGGAUGAGACCACUGGAAAGCCAAGGUCCAAACAACGGGAUCAUCACUUGAACACGCGAGCGGCAGGCUCUGGAAGAAACCACAAGCACAGGAAGAAGUGGACUGAGGAAGAAAAUGCUCGCUUGAAGCGGCUGAGAGAAGAGGAAAAUCUGUCAUGGUCGCAAAUAAAAAAGCACUUCCCCGACCGGACGGAGGGUGCACUCCAAGUUCAAUACUCUACCGCUCUCAAGGAUUCGGCCUCAAAGUCGUCCGCCACGGCUUUACGUGACAAUACUGGCCGAGAUGCCGGCUUCUCGCCAUCCCCAGAAACAGACUUUCAGCGUCGUAGGCAGCAUUCUCUUGACACCGCAACAGAGCGGAUGAUUCGCUCGCGGCCAGCUCGGGCUCGGCGAGCUGUGGAGCCCUACUCGCCGUAG